CCGCUGAUGAAAAGAAACAGUCACGUGAUCUUGAAGCAGGAAGCGCAGCCACAUCCACACAGCAGCACUAGAGUGAAACUGCAGACAGCUCGACCUGAACGCCCUAACGAGGACUGAGAAUAAACCAAUUAGACACCAUGUUUUGGAGACUUUUCUUCGUGACGUUAUUACUAGCCCUCUUGGGAUCAAUGACAGGACAGGAAUUUGGGAAAGAUGAAGACUGUAGUUCAUUGAAAGGUUGUGCUGCCUGUGAAAAUGUGACUUUCUGCCAGUGGAUGAACUGCACAGAUGGUAUACCCAAGUGCGUUAAUGGCAGUGCUGUGAAUGAAACAGCCAACUGCGUCAAUGUAAACUGCACAGAUCCAGCACCGACCACCACAGCGAGCCCCACCACCACAAACACUACCAAUGCUACCACGAUAACCACUUCCACAGUAAUCACCUCUACUUCAGUUGCUCCGACUAACGCGACGGCCACAAACAGCACAACAUCGUCACCUACAACUCCUCCAUCUAAGACGUCCACAUUCGAUGCUGCCAGUUUCAUCGGGGGAAUUGUGUUAGUCCUUGGCCUUCAAGCUGUCAUCUUUUUCCUUUACAAGUUCUGCAAAUCCAAGGAUCGCAACUACCACACCCUGUAACACUCUGCUACCUGGAGGCACCACAAAACCUACACUCCGACCCCAAAAGAGAGAGAGAGAGAGAGACACGUAUACACAAAUUCUAUGAUAUUUCUUAAACACUCUUGUGAUUCCCCCAUGUUUAGCCUCAUAAUUGACAUUUGAUGCCUGUGGUUGGAGCUUAAUAUUUCAUUUAUGUUAGAGCUCUCACAAGCACUCAUUAACACAAAUUCACACAACACAGAGUGAUGCCCCUAGUUUUUUCGAGCGUUGGAAUUAUGGGGUAUGCAAAAUGUGUCCUGCUACUUUCAUGAACAACCACAACUUUCCAAAUUAAGUCAUGUCUGUUAAUGUUCCAAUUAUUUCAUCUUUGAUGACAAAACAGUGAUUUGUCUCUUCAAUAUCAUGGCCUUUCCCCUGAAAGGCGCAUGACGCGGAAUCUUCUCAUCAUGCCUGUGGCAAUACUUCCCCAUUUCCAGUGUUAAUUUCACGAUGGUCAGGUAUCUUCACUAGAACAGUGUUUUAUACAGUUGUCCUGACUGGUUCUUUGUAUUCUACCCAGUCCUUCAUCAUCUUCACCAAGUGCAAAAAUAAUAUCUGUAUAGUUCAGGAUUGAAUGAACGUUAUUUUUUUUCCCCCCUUCACAUCGUCUUUUGGUUUGUGUCCGCCUGUGUUGUGGUUGCCCAUUGCUCUCAUUCAUACCAACCAAGAGAGCCAAAGUGUUUGUAAUAAAUUACAUUCCCCAGCUUAGUCCCUCAUUUUUAACUAUCUACAGUUAGAGAACCAGUAGACAUCAGUUAUCAAAACUAGUUAAACCUGGCAUCUCGCUCCCUUUUUCCCCCAAUUCUGACAGUGGAGUGCUGGAUAAUAUCAGAGAUGCGUUAUACACCCUUAGUUAACAUCCCAUGAUCUCAUUGGCGAUCAUUGUGGGGGACUUACCAGCGUAUCGGCCAUUUUAAGUUGUACUUUUGGGAGUUUAUGGGGAUUUAGUAGAGGCUCAGCCAAUCCAGUUCUACUUAACAGCUGAAAUGAGCCUUUAUUAGAAUUAUAAGAUUCUGACGGAUAUGCGAACAGAACGAGGCACUAUGUGAGGGGCAGAGUAUUGAGGAUCCCAUUCAGAAUGAUUGACAGUUGAGUCAAAGUGCCUUUAGGUGGAGGCAGUGGCUUGCUGCCUUAAAAGUGAGCCUUAAGUGUGAAUGCGUUCGUUGCGGGCCGCCGCUCUGUGUUAGUGUGUCUGCUUGUAUGUCGGUGUGUUUAUAGACACGCAUGCGUGCUUGUAUCAAUGAAGUAGAUCUAGUGUCUGCCAGCUGGACUGAUCGCUAUAUUAUACAGAGUAGAUAAUUAAAGGUUAAUUCAUUUGUUUGCGGAUUGUGGAUUAAUGUCAUGUUUCCCAAAAGCUUCUCCCAGGGCCAUUUCUUGCUAGCACAAAGAUAUGUGAUUCUAGCAUUCCCAUUCAAAAGCAGAUUGAUAUUUGUAUAUAAUCUGAACUCUUUGACCAUAAACUGAAAUCAAUAUAAUUUUAUAUUAGGCACUGAAAUGUCUUAAACUGAGGUGUUUAAAAUGGGCUUUUUUUUUUGUGUGUGUGUUAAAUACCCUUAAAGAGAACUGAAAUGUGCCCUAGAAAAGUGCAUUCAGGAUAUGUUUUGUAUUCAUCUGCAAAUUUUGAUGGAGACUUAGAAUAGAGCUGCGUCAGACUCAUAAUUUAAUGCUUGGGUUUGAUUUCUUGAAUAUAAUUAUUGAGUAGAUUUGUUUCAAAUGCAGAAUUGACCUAGACUAUGCCUAAUUCAUGCCUUGUUCAGCAUAUUACGUUUAGUACUCUGUUCAUAAUGAAUUUGUCUGGCUAGUGCGCUGGUACGUGUAUAGGCCGAGGGCCUGUAUUUUUUUUUUUUUUCCAUUCCUCUAUUAUAAAAUUUGAAAUGUAAUAAUCUCGAUUAGCUUGCUGCUAAUAACUUCCUCUGUGAGUCGUAAUGUCGUUGGCUUAGGAAGUGAUUCAUAUUAUUUGGGUUGCAAAUUUUGUAAUGACUGAAAUGAAUAGAUUUGUUUGAUGCGUGCUUUAGUUUCAUCUGCUUCCCUGACAUCCCAGUGUCAAAAUGUUCAGUUCCCAGCAUUGUGUUAACUGCAUGUUUCUCAAAAGAUGACUGUUAAGGCCUCCCUCUUUAUUGAACCACUCUAACUGCUUGUGCAUUGUUAUAUCACGGUGCUUAAAUGCCAAAGGUGUCUAUUUUAGCAUGAGUCACUAAAAAGCUGCUAUAAUGCUUCACAAGCUUCAUCUUGCCCAUAGUGUAGUCAGAUAAAAUCCAUCUGUUUGCCAUUUCACUUCAGUUUUGCUAAAUUAAAAACACUGUAGAAAA